AACAUUGUAGAUAAAUUGGGUGAGCUCUGUUUAUCUUAAUGCACUGAUAAUUUUUUUAACAGUCAACACACGUCCUUGAUCUUUUUGUUUGGUAUCAUAUAAGACAUUAUGCGUGUAAAUUUUGAUUUAUUUCAGGUUGAGUUUAGAAGAAAUACGGUAAAGUUUGACGAUGAGAUUGUGAUGGUAUUAUAACAGGGCCGAGCUGACCUGUCCUAGCCGAUAAUGCCAAGAGCGACUUUAGACUGUCAACUUUCUGAUCCACCGCGGUGAGAGAGACUCUACACUGACCACUCAAUGUGUUAAAUAACACUCCGACAAGUCAGCAAGAGGGUGACAUUUUUGAGGGUGAUAAGUCGGGUAAGUGUCGGAAGUUUUCCCAGAGCAGCCUCGUCAUCUCCUGUCCCCGAGAAGGACUGUUGUUCUGUGCCCCAGCUCCACUGAGACAGGCACAAACUGUUCGUCUGCCUUCUCACUGGAUGAUAUAGGACACUUGUCAUUGGUUUACAAACCGCUCGCUUAUCUUCGCUGCUUACCUUUGGCCCGCCAUAUAUAAAGCUGCGACCAGACAGGUGUCAUGGAUUCGGGUAAAUAUCAGAAGAUAGCCGGAUUCCAGAGCACGGCCAUGACUCUGUUAGAGGAGACGGAGGUUCGUACUCUUAAGUCACGACUCGUGGGCAAAACAGGAACCGUCAACAUCGCUCCUAAAAAUAUCAGCAAACGAAAGCGUCGCUACUUAGCCGAUAUCUUCACAACUUUGAUAGAUAUUCAAUGGCGAUAUUUAAUACUCAUGUUUGUGUCUGGUUUUUUGAUAACCUGGCUGGUGUUCGGUGCUAUUUGGUACCUGAUGUGCUAUGUCCAUGGCGACUUCGAUCACAUGAACCACGAGGAAUGGCAUCCAUGUAUCGAGAACAUCCACGACUACACGACGGUUCUGCUCUUCUCGAUGGAGACACAGACCACAAUAGGUUACGGUACACGCUUCGUCACCGACAGCUGUCCAGAAGGCGUCUUUCUCGUCAUGUUCCAGUCCGUCUUCGGAGCACUGCUACAGGCUCUACUCACGGGACUCAUCUUCUCCAAAGUCCAGAGGCCCAAGAAACGGGCGCAGACCCUGUUGUUCAGUAAGACCGCCUGCAUAUGUAAACAAGACGGCUUUCUGUGGCUGAUGAUAAGGGUGGGGGACAUGAGGAAAUCUCACAUGAUUAAGGGCCAUGCCAGCGCCGUGUGCGUCAUGGACAGAAUGACAAGUGAGGGGGAUUAUGUGCCCUGUUACCGCUAUGAUUUGGAGUUCGGUGUUAACGAAGGUAGUGACAGGUUGUUUUUGGUUUGGCCCGUUAUAAUCAAACAUAAAAUCACUCCAGACAGUCCUUUUUGGGAAUUAUCUCCAGAUAACAUUAGAAAGAGCCAUUUUGAGCUGAUCGUGGUUCUUGAAGGAGUGAUGGAGUCGACCAGUAUGACGGUGCAAGUGAGGACGUCUUAUUUACCCGAGGAGAUACAGUGGGGCCGGAGGUUCAAAGCCAUGACACCGGUGGUUACGUCCUCGGGGGACUUUCAUUUUAACUAUGCAGACUUUAACACGACCAUUCCAUCCACACACACACCGGCCUGGAGUGCCAAGGACCUUCUUCAGCGGCGUAUGUCCAAACCAGUGGUUGAUCCAGCUCUAGAGGAUCCCUCGGACAACUUCUCCAUCAACUCCGAGAGUCCGGAACCCACCCUCACUGUCUACACCGGUCAGAGAUUCCUGAGAAGCAUCAAGGAUUACGCCAGACAACUGUCCCGUCAGCGCAACAGUGUCAACGACAACCUCCCAGAGGAGACUGAUUCCAUCUACUAAAUGGAUGAAGUGCCGUACAGCCAUAUGGGAAAUUCUCAGUGACUGACUGUCUCGUUCUGGCAAUAUGGACGACGCGUCAUGUUUUGACGCCAAGAUAUGUUACGUCAGGUUGGGAAUCUGGGUGAGUCGCGCCAGGAUGUGCCCCUUGCAAAUGUGAACAAGACGGUGGUCAUUUCACAAGAAAACUGGGAGCCGUGGAAGGGGAACUCAAGUAACAGUGAACAUGUGACAUAGUAUGGUCCAGCCUAAUUUUGACCGUAGAUGGUCAAGUUACAGGGUACAGCAGUGUGUUUGAAGGAUCACUCAUUAGAAACACAGAACAGAGCUUAAGCAAACCAUAAACCGAUAUACCUCACUGCCUCUCCCAUGCCCCACGCCUCACACACAUGCGCAAUCAUACAAACUCGUUACUACUUGGUGGUAACACUGUCUCUUGAAUGUUGAUGGAUGAUAAAGCUAUUGACUGCUAAAUGGAAAUGGUUUACCGAUAAAGUUACAACUCACAAUAAUAAUAAUAUUAUGAUUGUCAUAUGUUGAACUCCAGCUGGUCAUCCUGAUAUAUAGAGUCAUCAACCUUCGCCUGACAAUACCUAUGCUAAUUUGGAUUACGUCAUUUAUUUAAAUGUUAAGUAGACUUUUUUUCCCACUCGGUGUAUAAUUUCUAUUGUUCUAUUUUAUAAUGAGCCACAUGCUACCCAGUCCGUUGUAAUCAUGUAUUGAGAAACUUAAAUGUGCAUUAUAUUUGCAAUCAUUCCAUGUGUCCACCAUAUAUAUAAGAGUCAGGUCCAUCAGUUGCAACGAAGUCUUAUUUUUACGUGGGUUACCAGGUGUUUAUAGACUGAUUGGUGCUCAAUAUUUGUGUAUGUCCUAAAAGAGCAAUGUAUAUUGCUAUAUUAACUACAAAUUAUACUCGAGCUGGUGUCAAAAAUCUGCUCCACAAUACUCUCUCGCGUAAGAUCUCUUAAUAAGAUCAGUUCAACGUACUCUGUGCGACGAAUCUCAGCCUCUUUGGUUAAUGCGGAAAUUGGAAAACAAAGCGAUACGUCGUAGCAGGUUUACUUUGUCGAAAUUGCUAAAUUCCGAAGUAUGUGUAGAUGAUUUUCAGCAUGAAAAAGUACUAAUGACAUGAACAUUAGCCCAAAAAGCCCGAAUUCUGACCACUUAGGCUCAAGAAUCUGUCCAGAUGACUUGCAUACAUGGUCCAAUUUCAAUACAAGACAAAUUAUGAAGCAGUCGACAUGUAUUCCAUCCUCUAUGUCUUUACAGUUAUCAAUACAAGAGCCUGUGCUAUCUGUAGCAUAAAUUUAUAAAUUCUAUAGGCUUGUAAAUAACACCAAAUCAUAAACAUGCAAUAUAAAUUUCUGUGUAUACGUGUAAAUGUUGAGUCUGUCAGUCCCAAUGGUGACAUAGAGAAUGUCACGUGAAAGUAAAAUGUUUGUAAAAAGACUAUACUGUUUGUGAUAUUUAUCGAGCACAUUAUCUCAUAGGCGUUGUCAUAGCUGGAAUGGAAGUUUUAUGCAUUUGUUGUUACAGAAUCGACCUUUCGUAUUUUUCCUAUUAAAAAAAAAACAUACAU